UCCUACUUGGCUUCGCUGGAAUCGCCGGUAAACAAACGCACGGAAGGUGUACGUUAAAGCACGAUCAGCUUCGAAUCCACCAGCUUCGUAUAUUCGCCGAACACAUGUCAACACAAUUGUAUACGUCACUCCAGAUUUGUUUACCACGUGUGCGCGCGAGAGCGCCGCGAUCAGCUGCCUCGAAGAGAGCCGGAGGUUAUAAUUCGCGUGGCGGCGGUGUGGCGUGGCGACUGGCGACCGUCGCGCGUGGCGUAACAGCAGCCCCGGGGGGGCCCGCGCGCUGGGUUUUGUGGACAUGGGGCAUAAUUUCGGAGCGGAUCGUCGUCCCCCCGCGAAUUAUGCCGCGACAUUAAGGGAAGCCGUGCUCGCCACCCGGGAGACUCGCAGGCAAGGUCCACACUGGCGCGCGACGUGAUCUCGUCAUCACGUUGUCGUCGACGAGAAGGGACGGUGUCCUACGUGGGUGACGUCGCGAGCGAGCGGGGAGCAUGUGGGUGUUUGGUUAUGGCUCGCUGAUAUGGAAAGCGGACUUUCCGUACGAGAGGAAGCUCGUCGGCCACAUCAGGGGAUACAUCAGGCGCUUCUACCAGAAGAGCACCGAUCACAGGGGCGUACCCAACAGGCCUGGACGCGUGGUGACGUUGCUCGCCUCGACCAAUCCCACGGACCAGGUGUGGGGGCUCGCGUACAAGAUCUCCUCCGAGAACAUCGAAAACGUGGUGAAUCAUUUGGACUUCCGCGAGAAGGGCGGCUACAUAAAGAGAACCGUCCUCUUCUACCCCUGUGAUUUCUCAAAGUCUGUCCAGAGCGGUGGCUCCUCCUCGAACCCCAAUGUCGCAUCCUCGAACGACCUCGCGAGGACGACGAGCUUCUCGACGGCGUCGUCGCUGUCAACCGCCUCGGACGAGGCUCCGUUCUACCUCACUAUUUACAUAGGCGAAGAGGAUAAUCCAAAUUUCGCCGGUAUGGAGAACAUAGACACCAUCGCGAGGCACAUAAUUGUCUCGCGCGGCGUCAGCGGCUCCAACGUGGAAUACCUCUACAAACUGGCGUCCGCGAUGCGCGCGAUAGCACCGGGCGUGCAGGACGAGCAUCUGUUUGCCUUAGAGAGAGCCGUGAGAGAAUUGGAGCGGGAGGAGUCGUUGGAUUUGGAUCAAUUUUUAUAAAAACACAACUGAUGUAUUUGAAUUAAGAAAGUAUGGCCAAUUGUAGCUGCGUGACGGACACGUUGAGUAAUUUAGUUGAUUUGAUUCUUUCUCUCUCUCUCUCUCUCUC